AUGCCUGCUUACAUCACUUGGUCCCGGCUUUGUGAUUGGUCAAACUGGCAAGGCCCUCCCCCUGUGCCCUCUGUAACUGCUGUCUGUUGCUACGGAGCCUGCGGACAAAGAGGCCACAAACCUGACUUCUCAACUGGUGUGCUGUCCGCAGACAUGCUUUCUUCUAACCGUAUUCAUUUGGGGGCCUCAGGCUCCUAUGAACCACCCCUCUGCUUUAAAUUGAAGAACAAUGUGGUUGGUGCCAUCGUGGGUCGUGGUGGAUCAAAAUUAAAAGAUCUACAACGCGUGACAAACACUAAAAUAAAAAUUGUAAAGGGGGACUUUGACUCAGAAAUAAAAAUUUUUGGCAGUAGUGACAUGAAAGAAAAGGCCAAAGCAGAUAUAGACGCUGUGGUUAGAAGACAAGAAAGGUACAGCUCAGAAUCCAGUGUUGGUCCUGCCACAUCCCAAUCCUCUGUUACAAGCAGCUCAAGUUCAGGCCACACCGCUCGAGAAGCUCGGCCAUUGUUAGAUUGGGAUCAAAUUCGUAUGCAAUUUGUAGAGUGGGAAAAACGGAAGUGGGCAGAUUUACCACCAAUUAAGAAAAACUUUUAUAUAGAAUCAGAAGCUACAAGCUCAAUGUCUAAAAUACAAGUAGAUGAAUGGCGAAAGGAAAAUUUUAACAUAACCUGUGAAGAUUUGAAAGAUGGUGAAAAGCGCCCAAUUCCCAAUCCAACUCGUACAUUUGAGGAUGCAUUCGCGCAGUAUCCUGAGCUUAUGAAAAACAUAAAAAAGGCAAGUUUUCAAAAGCCAACGCCAAUUCAGUCACAGGCGUGGCCAGUUAUUCUACAAGGGAUAGAUCUUAUAGGGGUAGCCCAAACUGGAACUGGUAAAACACUCUCCUACUUAAUGCCUGGGUUUAUUCAUCUUGAUUCUCAACCAACAUCUAGAGAAGAAAGGAAUGGACCUGGCAUGCUAGUCCUUACACCCACUAGAGAACUAGCUCUUCAAGUAGAAAGUGAAUGUUCUAAGUACUCGUAUAAAGGUUUUAAAAGUAGUUGUAUAUAUGGUGGUGGAAAUAGAAGGGGACAAAUAGAAGACAUCGCCAAAGGUGUAGAUAUCAUUAUUGCAACUCCUGGAAGAUUGAAUGAUCUACAACUGAAUAACCAUGUCAACCUAAGAAGCAUAACCUAUUUGGUCUUGGAUGAGGCAGAUAAAAUGCUGGAUCUGGGCUUUGAACAUCAAAUAAUGAAGAUUUUAUUAGAUGUGCGCCCAGACCGGCAGACUGUUAUGACAAGUGCAACUUGGCCGGAUGCCAUCCGCCGACUUGCACACUCGUACCUCAAAGAGCCUAUGAUGGUUUACGUUGGUACUCUAGAUCUGGUUGCUGUAAGUACAGUGCAGCAAAAUAUAAUUGUGACUACAGAAGAAGAAAAACGUGCUCUUGUACAAGAAUUCCUAGAGAACAUGACACCCAGAGACAAAGUCAUCGUGUUUGUCAGCCGAAAAAUUACUGCUGAUGACUUAUCAAGCGAUUUGGGCAUCCAAGGCAUACCCAUACAGUCACUGCAUGGUAAUAGAGAACAAAGUGAUCGAGAGCAAGCUUUAGAAGACUUCAGAACCGGAAAGGUGAAGAUACUCAUUGCAACUGAUUUAGCAUCCCGGGGUCUUGAUGUUAAUGACAUCACACAUGUCUACAACUAUGACUUCCCACGAAAUAUUGAAGAAUAUGUACACAGGAUAGGACGUACUGGAAGAGCGGGAAAGGUUGGAACAUCGAUUACCCUUGUUACUCCAAAUGAUGCAAAGAUUGCUGAUGAACUGAUUAAAAUUUUGGAACGAGCAGAUCAAAAUGUCCCUGAAGAUCUUGUAAAAAUGGCAGAAGGAUGCAACUUCCAUAAGAAAAGCAAGAAAGAGCUUGAUGCUCAGCGACAAGGAGCAAGGCUAACAUACAGCCUCCAAAUACAGUCAAUGACAGCAUCUGAGCUAAAGCCAAGCUCUUACAGGAAGCCUCAGUCAAUAACUGAGUGCAGCAUGACACUAGGGCCCGGCUAUUUCUGUGCAACGUAA